AUGUCUUUUCGGUUCAAUUUUUCGUCAGAAGGACAUGAGCUUCCAAAAAAUGAGGAAUCAACGAUUCAAGGUUUCUUGGACGAUAAUUUAAACGAGUCCUUAAGGAUCGAUAAACAUCCUGGGUUUAAACCAUCUAUUCCUCCUAACGAAUUAAUUCUUAAUAAUCUGAGCGAUAUACUUCCUCCAAAUUUGAUAGUUGAACGCAUUUUCUUUUCUACCUACGAACAAUCCAUUCUUUAUAAAAGACAUCUUUCUGAUGUCAAGUUUCAGAUAGCACAAGAAGAUGAAUUACUAGAAACAAGUGAGAAUGAAAAUACCAAGAUUUUGAUAUUAUCAACAGAUAAUGAUGUAGUUCAAGGAGUUUAUGAAGGCGGGUUAAAAACUUGGGAGGGUGCAUUCGACCUUCUUGAAUUUCUUGCCAAAAAUACAAAUAAUUUUGAAUUUGAAGGAAAGAAAAUUUUAGAGCUUGGCUGUGGAUCUUCGCUCCCAGGCAUAUAUAUACUUACUACCAAAAGUCCACUUAGAGUAGAUUUCCAGGAUUACAAUGAACAAGUGAUAAAAUUAGUGACAAUUCCAAAUAUCUUGCUCAAUACUUUAUUAUGUCCAAACAACGAACAAGAGUUUUCUAAUGGUACUGCAGAGAUAUACGUUUCGGAAGAUGCCAAUCUAUUAGAUCAAUUGAAGAAAAGUAGGUUCUUCAUAGGAGACUGGAGUGGGCUGACCGAUAUUAUGAAUUUGAAAUCUGAACAAGAAAAAUAUGAUCUGAUCUUAACUUCAGAAACAAUAUACAAUGCAGAUUCAAUACCAAAACUAUAUGAUGUAAUCAAGCACUCACUAAGGCGACCGAGUGGCAUAGCUGUACGUAAAAACAGAUUAAUCGCGGCAAAAUCAAUUUAUUUUGGUGUUGGUGGCGGAGUAUUUCCAUUUCGUCAAUUUGUUGAACAGGAUAAAGUAUUUGAAAUCAAGAUCGUUUACACUGUUGAAGCACAC